AUGGGUUUGACAGAAGGCCGAGUUACAGGCUUUAUAGCUAUUAGCACUUCAAUUAUUGUGGUUUACUUAACAUCAUUUUAUCUACAACAAAUGUUAAUACAAAUUAGUAAUAUUCGAAGGGAAGUGGAUACUGGAAUGGAUGAAUUCAAAACAUUACAAGGAAAUCUUUGGACUGAUUUACUGGUUAAUACAAAGAAAAGAUUUUCUGUCCUCUCAUUUUCUUCAAUUACCGAUGCAAGAAUUAAAAAACGACUGGCUGCAAAUCCUAGCUGUGAUUGUAUUAAUACAGCACAGUGCCCACCAGGUCCCCCUGGGCCCCCAGGCCAAGCGGGACUUGAUGGGGAACAUGGAAAACCAGGCGAACCUGGACCUGUGGGGGAACAGGCAAUAGCAGCACAAACACAGGCGCCAGUUGAAGAAAGUUGUCGUGUUUGCCCACCAGGACCCCCAGGUCUAAGAGGAUAUCCUGGACCUGCUGGCCCGCCUGGAGCUCCUGGCGGUUCUGGAUUGCCUGGACUUGCUGGAAAGCCUGGCCAUCCUGGACAGAUUGGAUCACCUGGCGAGAUGGGUCAGCAGGGAACGGCAGGCAAGGAAGGAAUGCCUGGCCCUCCUGGAUUGGAAGGUGUUAGAGGAACAGCUGGAAGGCAAGGCGAGCCAGGAAUGGCUGGAAUGCCAGGGCCAAAGGGUUAUAUCGGAGCUCCAGGGUGGGAUGGAAUGCGAGGACAAUUUGGGGAAAAUGGACAACCUGGUCCCGAUGCGAGGUAAUAUUUAUAAAUAAAAUAAAUCACAACAAUAUAAUUAAAUUCUUAUAAAGCUAUUGUAAAUGCCCACAGCGUCUAUUACUUACCGGGGAAGCACCAACAAUAACUAGCUCGAAAGAUACCAUCAGUAUUCCAUCAAAUCCUUCCCCUCCCUCUUUUGGACCGAAGGAAACAAAUGCUAGCAGUUCUACAACUGAAGAAAUGAGU